GGUUGAGAUCCUGUGUGGCUCUCUGCGCUCAGUGUGAGGACGAAUCUGACGCUAUCACACACCACAGUCCUGACUUGAGGGAUCUUUAACCCGUCUUUUCUCUGCUCUUUGGCUCAUUUUGCCGCUCAGAGAGGAUUUAAAGCCACCACCCGUCACCUGUCAUCAAAUCAUCAGAGUGCAAGCCAUGUAGUCAGCCCUGUGGGCCUUCCAGUGCCCAGCUCAGCGUCCAGUCUCCUGCUCCCAGUGGGAAAGGAUCUUCCUCCUCACUAUCCCCUACCUCUGUCGCAGAGGAUGUCUUCUUUGCUAACACCAAUGACGACCAGGAUACGUGUUCAGUAGUCAGUGACUACGACUGCCCUGGUGUGGAGGUAGGCAGCAGCGUGGAGGACCUGCUGGGUUUCAGUUCCUCUCUCAAAGACUCUGAGUACUUCAAAGAUUUGGAGGCAGGUUUACUGGCUUCACAAGUCCACUGCAUCCACAGUAACCACAGUCCCAGAGAACAAAACCCUUUCCGUUGGCUUACAGGUGUCUCUGAACACAGACACUCCUGCCAUCAGCAUACCUGGACAGACUUCUCUGACCACACUCUCCCCUCCGGUCAAUGCACCAUCACCGCCCCACUAUAUACAGCCUGCAGAGGAACGCCAUUGUGGCUUUGUGGUCACUCAGCUUAGUCCUAAGUUAUUGCCGGGUUGCAUCAUUGACAGUGGUGACUCCUUAGGCCCGGCAGUAGGGCUUAGUUUGACAAUAAAUCUGAAUGGACUGUUGGGAUCAGUGGAAACAGCAAAAGGAAUAACAGGAUCAGAGGGAGUAAAGGAGCAAACCACAAUGGAUUUCGACGGAGAGCCAGACGAGGACAGCUUUCCUAUCCUAGUCAGAUCCAUGUCAACGUCUCGAAGGCACAGCUGGGGUGUCCCUGUGUCUCCCAUUAACCUGGGAAGGAGACUGAGUCUGGACACCAUGGCUAUGGACAGUGAUGGAGAGAGAGAGGACGAUGAAGAGAGACAGGACAGCCUCUACCAGUCCACCGAGCAGCCGACCUACACCUGCACAGCCUGUCCUGGGGAUGAGACAGAUGGUCCCAGGCUGAUGGUCCAAUGUCCCAGAGCCAGGGUCACCAGCAUGGCCAGUGGUGGGCCUGGCAGACAUCUGUAUUCCCGCUCAGAGAUCCUCGCCACAGACGAAUGUUCUCGUGCCGCGCACAUUUCUCGUGUUGUACAGACGUCCAAACAGGCUGCAAGAGCAGCGGGAGAGGAGUUCGACCCUGAAGAAAACUUACAUUCCUCUGAAGGACAGAGCCAUAUAGCGAAGCAGAGGAACAACAGAUCAGAUGCCAAAGAUUCAGGAAAUGUCACUUGGUACGAGUUCCUCUCUAAUGAGAAUGAGGAAGAAGAGGAUCGUACAGAGAAGGUGGAGAAAGGCACCAAGGUGAAGAGGAAGCUCAGCUCUUUGAGGAGCAGGAUGACUGGCUCCUUCAAUAAAGAUAAGGGUAAGAACCGAGAAAAAGAGCAGCAGAGAGAGAAGGGGAAGGAGAAGGAGAGAGAAGCCAAAGAGAAAGUGUGCGGCAGCAGCAGCGGCGGCAAUGGGCAUUAUUUGGUGCCAGGCUCUUUUUCCAGCUGUGCCACCUGCUCACUGUGCCUCAAGACCCUGCAGAAAAAGCAUGGCCUGCAGUGCAUGAAUUGUGCUGUGAACGUUCACAAGAGCUGCAAGUCUCUGCUGGGUGAGUGCACCAGCAGCAAGAAUAAGAGAGACACUCUACCGAAGCCAGGGUCAUCGGGAUCUCCUAACCUUGCGCUAAAAGACCGGGACAGAGAGCAGGAUCAGGCAGCCCCAGCCUCUUCACAGACCCUGGAUGGCCACCCAGGUUUUCUCAGCACCCCAGGCAUGACCAUUAGUCAGUGGGGACCUAACACUCAGCUGACUGCCACCCAUACCACCAGCUCCACUGCAGCCACUGCCUCCAACCUUGACCACAGCCUCCGUCACCACAACAGCUCAGGAUCCCUCCCUGGGGAGAUGGAUGAGACAGACGCUUUCCGCUCCAAACGCUGUAAUGAAGACGCCAUUUCUCUCGCUCCCUCAACCACAGAGUCCAUCAUCGUAGAAGAUGCUCACUAUGCAGCAGUGCGGGCUGAUCUGGAGUCUGAUGCCCAGGACCUGGAGGCAGAGUCAUGGAGUUUGGCAGUUGACCAGCAGUAUGUUAAGAGGCACUCUAAAGAAACGGUGAAGAGACAGGAUGUGAUAUAUGAGCUGAUGCAAACAGAGAUGCAUCAUGUGCGGACGCUCAAGAUAAUGCUGCGCGUCUACGUCCGAGAGCUGAAGGAGAACCUCCAGAUGGACUCAGGCAGGCUGGACUGUCUGUUCCCCCGCUUGGAAAACCUUCUCGAGCUUCACACGCAUUUCCUGUCUUGUCUCAAAGAGCGGCGGCGAGAAAACCUUGUCUCGCCCAACGACAGGAACUACACUAUCAACAGAGUGGCAGAUAUUCUGAUCACACAGUUCUCAGGUGAAAUAGGAGAGAGGAUGAAGGACAGCUAUGGAGAUUUCUGCAGUCACCACACUGAGGCUGUCAGCUACUACAAAGAACAGCUGCAAAACAACAAAAAGUUCCAAAACAUCAUACGGAAAAUCAACAACCUGUCCAUUGUGCGGCGGUUAGGAGUGACUGAGUGUAUUCUGUUGGUGACACAGCGAAUUACCAAGUACCCAGUACUAGUGGAGCGCAUUCUGCACAACACUGAAGGGGGAACAGAGGAGCAUGAGGAUCUGACUCGGGCUCUGGGUCUGAUUAAAGACACCAUCGUUCAGGUGGACACGCUGGUUAAUCUCUAUGAGAAGACAUCUCGACUCAGAGACAUACACAACAAGAUGGAGCCAAAGGCGCUUGGGAAAAUCAAAGAUGGCAGAGUGUUUCGCAGGGAGGACUUGGCACCGAGCAGGAGACGGCUGCUUCAUGAGGGCACGGUCAACUGGAAAGCUGCUUCUGGCAGGCUCAAAGAUAUUCUUGCGGUGCUUCUGUCAGAUGUGUUGCUCUUGUUGCAAGAAAAGGAUCAGAGAUAUGUAUUUGCUACAGUGGAUAGCAAACCGUCAGUGAUUUCUCUUCAGAAACUCAUAGUCAGGGAAGUGGCGCAUGAGGAGAAAGCCAUGUUUCUCAUCUGUGCCUCCUCCAAUGAGCCAGAGAUGUACGAGAUCCACACCACCUCCAAGGAGGAGCGAAACACUUGGAUGACACACAUACGGCAAGCUGUUGAAAGUUGUCCUCAUACAGAAGAGAGACUUUUCAGUGAGGAGGAAGAGGCUCGAGCUUCCAGGUUUAAAGAGUUUCAAGAGCGGCUGGGCCAGAAGGAUGCAGUAAUCGUGCAGGCUCUUACUGAGAAGUUGCAGCUGUUUGCAGACAUGGCGGAGUCUGUGGCAGGUUUAGAGGACACAGCAUCACGCUCUAGACUUCUGCUUCGAGGAGACACCUCAGACCUCCAGCAGGGGGAGACCCUGCUCAAAGGGGCUAUCACUGAGGUGGAGAACCUUCAGAACCUGCUGCAGUCCGGAGUGAAGGAAGAAGUGCCAACUUCUCGACUGGAGGAAGGAGGCGGCUCUGGAGUUCUGCCCAGGCGCGUGGGUACCUUUGGGGGCUAUGACCGCAGCCCCACCAUCCUCAAUAAGAGUGAGUCGAUGAAGAAGAACUCUUCUGGCGAGUCCAGAAACAGAGACAGGAGCCAGAGAGCCAGCUCCGACCCUCAGCUCAAAGACCUCUGUGGCAGCCACACCCUGGAGCAGACGGUUGAUGAGAGCUCCUGCUCUCCUGCCAGAUGGAACCGCAUCUGGUCCAACUCCUUCCCCGAGGCUGAGUUCUUUGACAGAGUGCUGAUGCUCUCCCAAAGGCUCUACAGUCUGCAGGCCAUCAUAUCUCAGCAGGACAGUCACAUUGAGCUGCAGCGGGCCUCUUUGACAGAGCGGGCAUCCCUGCCCGGCCGCCACCGAGGGAACGUGCUGCUGGAGCAGGAGAAGCAGCGGACUCUGGCCCUGCAGAGAGAAGAGCUUGCCAGCUUCCACAAGCUGCAGUCUCAGCACCGGCAGGAGCAGCAGCGCUGGGAGAAGGAGAGGGAGAGGCACCGCCAGCAAGUCGAGGCUACAGAGGCCAGGCUCCGACAAAGGGAGGAGGAGUGCAAGCGGCUGGAGGAACAUCUGGCAAAAGAGAAGGAGGAGCUGGACAGGCAGAGGGAGACGUAUCAGCAGGACCUGGAGAGACUGAGAGAGUCAACGAGAGCUGUGGAGAAAGAAAAGGAACGCCUGGAACACCAGAAGAAGAUCAAGAGGAAGACCAUUGAGGUGGCUCCUCUGUCUGGCAGCCUGAACGGGGAGCUCCUCAUGUCCUCUGGCCUCACCGGCUCCGCCAUCACCUCCGACCUGCCCCCACCCCAAAAGCCCCUGGUGCGCGCCAGUCUGUCCGUAGCGCCGGCCGACUACCCGGAGCGCCCCGAGGUGAUGCUGCGGAGGGAGACGAGCUCUUCCACCCUGCCGCUGAAGACGGAAGUGCCGCUCCACCUCUUCAGCACCACCAACCAGCAGCACAAACUGGUCGGGGUGCAGCAGCAGAUCCCUACCAAGCUGGCUGCCUUCAGUAGCGGCAAAGGGAAAGGAGGCAAGAGCGGCAAAGCUUCUCAUCGUACCGACAGCACGGCCUCAGUGGAUAUGAAGCAGAUGCUGCCGCUGAAGCUGUCCGCCCGAGACGAAAACGCCCUCAAGGCCAAGCGCUCCAUCAGCCCCCACCAGCAGCUUUCGCUGUCAGCCUUGCAUCUCCACACAGAUCAGCUCAGUCCUCCAGAGAGCGCUGGACCAGACAGCCAAACCACCUCUUCCAUCAGCACCUCCCACCCUCCAAACGUCCAGAAGCCCCCCAUCCCUCCUGCACAGUCCCAUCCUCAGCCCUCCAUGCAGCCUCCCACCAUGCCUCCCCCCUCGCAGAGCGCUGGAUUCCUCCAGUUCCAGUCCCACGCACAGCCACAGGGCUCUGGUCCGAACACCCAGGUAAAUCACGGGCUCAGCCACAGCCACAGCGUGCCACCACCAUACAAGAUCCCCACAGAAGACCUCAAUAAGGAGGACGUCAUCUUUUUCUAAACUCCGGACCCCUGCCCUCAAGCACUGAUCACAAAAAAAAGAAAGCAGUUAUGGGAUGGUUACUGAUCCCAAUCAACCACCAGGCUCUUUUCAAGGGGUCUCUUACAUGCGAUAAUGUGCCGCUGACUGUAUGUUCAGUGUGAGCAAGUGUGCUGUUAUUGACUUUUAAGGUAGUUUAAAUAUUUGUACAAAGUUGCAGCUACAGUGGCGCACAUAGAAGGAAAAAAAAACAUUUUAUUCACAAAAGAGGACUUGCUUUUAAAUGGUUUCUUUUUUAUUUCGUUCUUGGUUCUUUUUCUAAAAAACAAGUACAAAGAGGGAACCUUUGGCAAAACAAAGGCUCAUUGUAACACAAAUGAAAAGGUUUAAAUGAAGUUAUAACAAUCCAAAGACAUUAGCGGCGAGAGCUGAAGGUAAUUUUACUGAAAGGAACAAUGUGAAAGAAAAAAAAAACAGUCAGGUGCUUUUCAGGAGACUCCAGUCAGGCUGGUUAGUGAAGUAUGCAGAAACUGAAAGGUGCAGCGAUGGAGCCCCGGCCUUAACCACCUGCUUCUACUGGACCUGGAACCACAAGAAAAUUGUUCAAGAGGAACUUAAUACUCUCUGCUUGAUGUUUCAUUUGCACAGUGUAAAUACUCCAUUCCAGACUCAUGAAUGAACUUUUAUGGACGAAAUGUGCGUUGUUUGGUUGUAAAGCUGUUAAAGUUCAUUUAAAUUAGUUUUUUUGCUUUCCUUAAUCAUGCUCAUUGCAGAAUGUGAACAUUGUGGACUACAUCUUUAGUGUUGCCAGUGGUUGUGAAACCUGACUUGGAUUUGGUCAGCAGACUUUUUUUUUUUUUUUUCCCUCCACAGUGUUGUGUAAUUUCAAUUAAGGGACUAUUUGGCUUUUGGCAACUUGUACUGUUUUUCCAGCCCAUGCAGAGUGAGACAAACUCAGGGACGCCUUUCUUAUAUGUCUGUAUAAUUUGAAGUGAUGCCACUUUAGCCUAUUCUAGGCCUGUCUCUGCGUUUCGUAGCAGUAGCUCUCUCAAAAAACAGGGAUAACAUUAAUCAUUUGUAUCAAAUCUAGCAUUAACAAUAUUUCUCAACAGCAUCUUCACAAGUACGCACAGUUGCGUUUUUGUUUCUGCAACAAUGGGUGUGGAUCAGCUGUUUGAUAAAAGGUCACUUCUUUAAAACAGAAGGUGGUGACAGAUUUAUGUAAAUUGAGUAUGUACUGUAUUUAAAUUAGCCUUCAACCUCUAAGGUUUAAAGGUAUCUCCAACAGACUUGUAGCUGAAGUGCAGUUAAUCCCAUUAGACACCCAGGAAAUGAGCUAAACUUGGCACCAUUAAGCAUAUUGUACCAUGUAGACAACAAAAAGGGCUCAAUGAGUUUGUCACACCCUGGGUUACAUUUCCCAAAAAUGAUCCCUUUGAGCAACCAGUCUUAAAGAAACACCUGUUUGUUGGCAUUUCGGUGGAGCUGUAGUGUGCUGCACGAUUCACAUCAUUUCAUGCUGUUUGUUGUAUUAAGGGUAAAACUGACUUUUAACUGCUUCAUAUUUCUGGUCAGUUGCAAAGAAAAAAGAAAAUAUGGGGUUUCAGGCUAAAAGAGAAACAUGAGCAAUAAUCACAACAAUUUUAUACAGAGUUGACAAAAUGGUAAAAUCCAUCAUCAUUUUAAUAGAAAAUAGACCUUCAUGACAAUAAUUACAAGACCUAAAUGUGCUUAAUGGAGCACAGUGUUAACAUGUUUUUUAUCUCUCAGUUUAGUGAUUCUAAAAUGGCUUCUGUAUACAUGUGCAGAGUCUUGUAGAUGCUCAUAAAAAGCCAGGAGUGUAAAGAAAUUGAAGGUUUUUAAAGUUUAUAGAUUCCCCCUGUUCAAUCCUCUUUGGUCUUAAUUUUUCCACCCAAGUCAGGAAAUGAAAAGUUCAUGUGAUUGACAAGUCAUUUUUUUAAAAAGCUUGUAUCUCUGGGACUCAUUUUGCUGACUUGGCAGUGUCAGAGUGGGUUCAUUCUAGCUAAGCCAGUAUAUCUUUGAGUUAAAUAUGAAGAUGUCAGUUUCAAUUGAGGCCCUCAGGUCUCAUCGACUGUGUGUUCUAUUGAUUGCUGAUGACAUUUCAUUAGCCAGGUCUUAAAUCUCUACCUGUGAUGGAAAAAGCAGUACUGUGAUGGGUGCAGUGGUCCUGCGGCAAAAAAGGACUGUCAGCUGUUGUCUUAAGAUUUCAGUCUUUAUCUUUCUUCACAGGUGAAAUACGGGGAUGUGCAUCCCAUUACUUUUCUCUGUAUCUAUGUGAGAUUCUCUUUAAAUAGUUGACACAUUAAUGUGUUCUGUGUCUCUGGAGGGGAAAAUAUAAGAAGAGCUUUUUGUCUUUGUCUAAAUAAGCUUGUCUCUGAGGGUGUGAUCACUACCUGAAGUUUGAGCAAGUGUUGAUUUAUAUUAUGUAUAUUGUUGUACAUACCGUACCUGAUCUCCGCUGCACCGGCUGCCCUCCUCCUAAACAAUCUUGUAUUAGAACCAGAUGUUUAACAUGAAUCAAGAUGCAAGUCAGCCAAAAGUCUGUUUGUGCAUAUGUGUAUAUACCCUUAAAAUACACACAUGGGUGUGUAUGUACAAUACGGUACGCCUUGUUUGGAUAAACUGGUGGCAGUCAUUGCUGUUAUAAAUCAACUAAAAUUGAAGUUGUGUAUAUUUAAUCUCCUGAUGUGUGUCAAUGUUGUAGCUUUGAAGUCAAGGUGCACUGUCUGUUGUCUUUGUCCUGUGACUCAUGAGUGAUGUCUCCCCAAGAUUAUGUAGCAGUCAUGAAAAAAAGAAAAAACUAAACCAUCUGCUUUUUUCAGUCGGUUAAACCAAAGAGACAUUCGGCUGACUGGGCUCCUUUCUGUGCUCGUACAUGAGGGGUAAAUGACACUGUGCUGGUUGUGUGGUCGUCCACAAAGUGUUAUUACUUGUGAAAACAUCCUCCAGGGAGUGUCCAUAACAAGUGUGUUUACAGCACAUUGAAGUCCAACUCAUAUCCUGCUUCAGGUCCAAUUUUUGGGUUUCCUGUUUGUUUUGCGUCACAUCCACAUCACAAAUGUCUAUUUACACACAGGUGAACAUUAUAUUCAGAGUCAUCUUGAAACUACACAAACCGUAAACUAUAAAUUCAACAAUGAAUCAAAUACAGGUACACCAGUACACUUGCUUAUAGAGACACAUCCUAACUACAGCGUUUGAUUUUUUUCUUAUGAGCUCACCGAACACUGUUAUUUAAGAAAUAUUGUAUUUAUAUCUUCCAACACUUGAUCAUUACUAAGGACCAUGGGCUGUUAAUGUGCAUGUGAACAUACUUUUGGUGGUUUUCAGUGGGUGGGACCCUAUAAAAACAACUUUCCACACUUUGACAAAACAAUCCCACAUAAAGGUCCACUUACUACUUGUUUUUUUCCCCAGAGCUUUCAACCAUCUCACGCAGUCUUCAGCCAACCAAACACGAGUGAGAUGUCUUCUAAUGUCAUCACAGCUUAUAGCUUGCAUGAUAACGAAGCGAACUCCAUCCAUGCAUAAAGACCAUAUAAUAUGGUUGAAAGUUCUAGAAGAAGCCAGUAAGUUGACCUUGAGUUGGGAUUGUUUUGUACAACUAUUAUUUUCAAGUACAUGAAUUAACUUUUAUUUCUGUUGUUUGUCCAUUUUCCUGUAUUUUCUUUUGGAUGCUGAAUGAGAGAUGUUAGACGACGGGAAAACUGGCGUAAGAGCACUUUAGUUCUGCUCCAGGUACGAGACUUUUUAUCUGUGGAUUAUAACGGACCUCGACAGGAGAGGUGGAUGCUGCCUCUUGGUGCCACUGCUUGGAUCAACGCAAGUCUUAAAUGUUGUUUUGCUGUACUGAACUGCUUGACCUUUUUUAUUUUUUAUUUUUUGCUCUGUUUUACAACUUGGAAGCCAGUCAGUCACAUCACUGUGUGUGUGUGUGUGUGUGUAUGUGUGUGUGUAUCUUUGUGUGUGUGUGUUCGGAAACAUUUCUAACAGAGUUGUUUUCAGUCUUGCUUUUUUAUCCACACACACACACACACUUGUGCACACAUGUUGGACCUGUAAUGUGUAAAUAAUCAUGAACAUAUUUUAUUUCCUCGGCCAAUUUUACACUAGUCACUUUGGAUAGUAGCAUACUUGAAGGGGAAAAUGAAUGUUUAUAAUGCUUAUUAUUAUUGUCUGUGAACUUUUAUUUACCAAGAGCUGUCUAAUGACGUUUGUAGCACACAGCAAAACUGAUUUUUGUAUUGUUUAUUUUAUUCACUGCGAGAUGUUAGAACGACCUGUGGACACAAACUGCUGCCUUAGAGAGAGUUUAGUAAUAAAAAGUCUUUAAAUGA